AUGUCUACCCCGUCGAGCGAGAAGUUAUGUGUGGUGUUCGUUUUCAAGAAAGAGGUCGACUAUCCCCACGAUUUACAGGCCAGGCUAUCUGAGGAUGACCCAAAGCUUUUGUAUUUGGUUAAACGCCACGCUAAGAAGAAUAAAUUCAAGAUCCUUGAUCAAGGUGCAAUACCACCAGAAGAAGAUAACACAACGGUUUGGUGGUGUCCACUCUAUGGCGACAACGGGGUCUGGGAUAGAAGGGACCGGUUUCCAUUAUCGACUGACGGAGAUUUUAUUGAGGCUUUGGACACCCUUUGUUUUAUCGCCCGUCAAAAGGCGAGGUCUUUGGAAUGA